AUGACCAAGCAAAAACAAAAUCAAACUAACAAUUCAAGUGAUGCUGAUACUGAAACAGAGUCCAGAAAUUCUAAUAACUCAAAAUUAGGACAUCCACAAACAGGUGUUUGGAAAUUUUUUAAAAGAGAUCAGCCUAAAGGUGAUGGUCAUUGGGAAGGAACUUAUCGGUUAGAAGAAUUAGCAAAAAUUUAUCGGUUUAAUUUAUCAAACCCUAUAGAACAACUUCGCCACACUCAAACUGCAGAUAUAACCCCUGAAAUAAUGUCAAACAUUGCCGAAACUGUUUUUAAAGAAUUUGAAGAAGAAACAUUAACCGAUAAUGAUGAAAUUGAAAUGCUUAAUUCUGCUGAAGACCUUUAUCCAAAUGAACAAAAUUUAGAUUUAAGUAUUUCAACUUCUAUUGAUUUUAAAUCUUCAGUUUUUAC